UGAUUAGCUCCAGUCUCUUAAUCGGGGUUCUUAGUUUCGGUUAAAAGAUGGUUCUUACCUUUUCUAAGAUUUUAAUUAAAAAAAAGCUAAAAAUCGUCUCUUAGAUAAAAAAUAUAAAAACCGUUUUUUAGCCGAAAAGUGAAAAAAAAACAAAAAAAAAUGUCAAACCAUGAGUUAAGAACGUCAGUUGAGAGACCGGCCGGGUUAAUCAUGCCCUUACAAAAACUGUAAAGGAAAAAAACUUGAUAAACCUUAAGAAAUAUAAAUUUGAUGGGGUUUUUUUUAAGACCCAUAAAAAUUUAAGCUGCUCGGCCGUGUUCAAGUUUCUUUUUGUUCGCAAGCUCUUGAUUCCAAGAACAUGGACAUAAGACGAGACGUUAACGUGAGGUCCAUAAAUGUGUGGUUGACGGGAUAAAAUGUUGGACUUUUAUCUUUCCACUGGGUCCUAUAAUAUGAAAAGAUAGUGUUACGUACUUGAUUGGGUAAUAAGUAGGACUCUCUUCGUGGCAACUACGGUAAGCUUUCUGUAUAAAGUAAUGAAUAAUUCUGGAACAUAAGUGUGGUGUUUCACAUUGUUAUUAAAAGUCCCUGAGGGUGUUUUUUUUUCUUUCGCGUUCUUGCUCUUUUUAUAUUCUCGCUUCUUAAACUAAUCUGAAGAAGUUAGUUAUUGGAGAGACUAAAGCACAUGGGGAAGGAGAGGAUCGUUUUCUUUACUUCUUUGCUCUUUUUUAUCAUAUUUCCAAGUUUGAGGUUUGCAGGGAUAACGACCGAGAGUCCUUUGUCAAUAGGACAAACUCUCAGUUCCUCUAAUGGAGUUUAUGAACUCGGGUUCUUCAGUCCUAAUAACUCGCAGAAUCAAUAUGUCGGAAUCUGGUACAAGGGUAUCAUUCCCCGGGUGGUUGUGUGGGUGGCCAAUAGAGAAAAGCCUGUUACAGACUCCACGGCAAAUCUAGCUAUCAACAGCAAUGGAACUCUUCUAUUAUUUAAUGGCAAGCAUGGCGUUGUCUGGUCCAUUGGAGAAACUUCCGCAUCAAACGGGUCUCGUGCAGAGCUUUUAGACACUGGAAAUCUUAUUGUCAUGGAAAAUGUCUCCGGAAGAACUGUAUGGGAAAGCUUGGCGCAUCUUAGUGAUACUAUGCUCCCUUUGUCGUCCAUGAUGUAUAAUCUCGCCACGGGUGAGAAGCGAGUGUUGACUUCUUGGAAAAGUUACACUGAUCCAUCGCCUGGUGACUUUGUGCUUGAGAUUACACCACAGGUGCCAUCACAGGUGUAUACGAUGAGAGGCUCAACUCGUUAUUGGAGAAGCGGUCCAUGGACUAAAACAAGGUACGCGGGGAUACCAGCAAUGGAUGUGACAUAUGCAAGUCCAUUCAGCUUCCAGCAGGAUGCAAACGGGUCAGGAUCUUUCACUUAUAUUGAAACAAGACUUCGUUCACGUAUAAUCCUAACAUCAGAUGGCUCAGUGAGGAUUUAUUGGCAUAGUGGGAGUGACUGGAUAUUAAAAUAUGAUGCUCUACUCACUUCAUGCGAUAUUUAUGGUGAAUGUGGACCAUUUGGAUUGUGUGUACCACCAAAGUGCAAAUGCUUAAAAGGGUUUGUACCAAAAUAUACUGAGGAGUGGCAAAGAGGAAACUGGACCGGUGGUUGUGUGAGACGUACCGAACUACAUUGUCAAGGAAGCUCUACUGGCAAGGAUGUAAACGUCUUCCAUCCUAUUGCCAAUACAAAGCCUCCAGAUAGUUACGAACUUGCAAGCUCAGCAACUCCCAUCUUGUUCACUGAAGAUUGUCACCAAUUUUGCCUCCACAAUUGUUCUUGCUUGGCCUUUUCUUUUAUUAAUGGUAUAGGGUGCUUGGUGUGGAGUCACGAGCUAAUAGACGUGGUGAAAUUUUCUGCGGGAGGAGAGCUUCUUUCCAUUCGUCUUGCACGUUCUGAACUAGGUGGAUACAAUCGCAAGAGUAUUGUUGCUGCUAGUGUUGCAAGCCUUUUUCUUUUUAUUGUAUUGGGUUCUUCUGCGUUUGGUUUCUGGAGAUACAGAGUGAAACAUAAAGCUAAUAAAUCAAAUAAUGCUUCACAAUAUGCAUGGAGAAAUGAUCUGGAACCACAAGAUGUCGAAGGUUUAAAUUUCUUUGAGAUGAAUACCAUAGAAACUGCCACCAAUAAUUUCAGUCUAUCAAACAAACUCGGACAAGGUGGAUUUGGUUCAGUUUACAAGGGAAAACUGCAAGAUGGGACAGAAAUUGCUGUAAAACGGCUUUCUAGCAGCUCGGGGCAGGGCAAAGAAGAGUUUAUGAAUGAAAUAGUACUCAUCUCAAAACUACAACACAAAAACUUAGUUCGGAUUUUAGGAUGUUGCAUUGAAGGAGAAGAGAGCCUAUUAAUUUAUGAGUUCUUGUUGAACAAAAGCCUUGAUACUUUUCUCUUUGAUUCAAGAAAAAGGCUUGAGAUUGACUGGCUAAAGAGAUUCAAUAUCAUCCAAGGUAUUGCUCGCGGACUUCUCUAUCUCCACCGUGACUCACGCCUCAAGGUCAUUCACCGAGACCUGAAGGUGAGCAACAUCCUUCUAGAUGAGAAAAUGAACCCAAAAAUAUCAGAUUUUGGAUUGGCUCGGAUGUAUCAGGGAACCGAGUAUCAGGAAAACACUCGCAGAGUUGUAGGAACCCUAGGAUAUAUGGCUCCUGAGUAUGCAUGGAGUGGGAUGUUCUCUGAGAAGUCAGACAUCUACAGCUUCGGAGUGCUGCUAUUGGAAAUCAUCAGUGGAGAAAAGAUCUCAAGAUUCUGCCAUGGAGAAGAAGGAAAAACUCUUAUUGCUUAUGCGUGGGAAUCUUGGUGUGAAACCGGAGGAGUUGAUCUUUUGGAUAAAGAUGUUGCUGAAUCAUGUCAGCCAUUAGAAGUUGAGAGAUGUGUUCAGAUUGGUUUGCUUUGUGUUCAGCACCAACCUUCAGACAGACCCAACACACUUGAGUUGCUCUCCAUGCUCACCACAACAUCAGAUCUUCCAUCACCAAAAGAACCCACAUUUGUAAUUCAUGCUCGAGAAGAAGAAUCCCUAUCUAAAGGUUUGAUCACUGAUAAUGAGAUAUCACAAACUGUGAUCCUUGGACGUUAAGAACGGAAUGUGUGAUCCAAUUUUAUGGAAUUCAAAGUGAGCAGAUUUUUUUUUUCCAAAACUGGGGAUAAUUUGAAACAUUA